GAGGAGGAACAUCUGUGUCCCCCAGUCACCAUGAAGCUGCACCGACUGACCCUCCUGCUGACCCUCAGCCUGCUGGCUGAUACAGAUGUACCAAUGCCUGCUUCAUAUAUUCUGAAGUGUUCCCAGUUCCCGACACAUGAACAUUGCAAUGAGGAUUCUGAAUUUAUUUGUGGCACAGAUGGACAGGAUUAUGGAAAUGCUUGCAUCCUUUGUGAGUAUAACAGGCUGCACAAGAAAGAUGUUCGCGUCCUGCACCUCGGAUUCUGCACAUGUGAUCAAAAGGCAAGGAGGCAACCUAUUAAUUAA